GCCGCCGGCCCGGGGAACCGCCGCCGCAGCCUGGGCUGGGAAGCGAUGUAGGAUCUGCCAGGCCGUCCCCAGCCUUGCUCGGCCCGAGCCCCACGGGCCGCCGCCGCCGUCGCCGCCGCCAUGAAGAAGCAGUUCAACCGCAUGAAGCAGCUGGCCAACCAGACCGUGGGCAGAGCUGAGAAAACAGAAGUCCUCAGUGAAGAUCUUUUACAGAUUGAGCGGCGCCUGGAUGCAGUGCGGUCAAUGUGCCACCAUUCCCAUAAGCGCCUGAUGGCGUGCUUCCAAGGCCAGCAUGGCACUGAUGCCGAGAGGAGACACAAAAAACUCCCGCUAACAGCUCUCGCUCAGAAUAUGCAAGAAGCAUCAGCUCAACUAGAAGACUCUCUCCUGGGGAAGAUGCUGGAGACGUGCGGAGAAGCUGAGAAUCAGCUGGCCCUCGAGCUCUCUCAGCAUGAGGUCUUCAUUGAGAAAGAGAUCGUGGACCCUCUCUAUGGCGUAGCAGAGGUGGAGAUUCCCAACAUCCAGAAACAGAGGAAACAGCUCGCUAAGUUGGUGUUAGACUGGGAUUCAGUCAGAGCUAGAUGGAACCAAGCCCACAAAUCUUCAGGAACCAACUUUCAGGGGCCUCCAUCAAAAAUAGAUACCCUAAAGGAAGAAAUGGAUGAAGCUGGAAAUAAAGUAGAACAGUGCAAGGAUCAACUCGCAGCAGACAUGUACAACUUCAUGGCCAGAGAAGGGGAGUACGGCAAAUUCUUUGUUACGUUAUUAGAAGCCCAAGCAGAUUACCAUAGAAAAGCGUUAGCAGUCUUAGAAAAGGCCCUUCCCGAAAUGCGAGUCCAUCAAGAUAAGUGGGCAGAAAAGCCAGCCUUCGGGACUCCUUUGGAAGAACACCUGAAGCGCAGCGGGCGCGAGAUUGCGCUGCCCAUCGAAGCCUGUGUCAUGAUGCUCCUGGAGACGGGCAUGAAGGAGGAGGGCCUUUUCCGAAUUGGGGCUGGGGCCUCCAAGUUAAAGAAACUGAAAGCCGCUUUAGACUGUUCUACUUCUCACCUGGAUGAGUUCUACUCAGACCCCCAUGCUGUAGCAGGUGCUUUGAAGUCCUAUUUACGGGAGUUGCCUGAACCAUUGAUGACUUUUAAUCUGUAUGAAGAAUGGACACAAGUUGCAAGUGUGCAAGAGCAAGACAAAAAACUUCAAGAUUUAUGGAGAACAUGUCAGAAGUUGCCACCACAAAAUUUUAUUAACUUUAGGUAUUUAAUCAAGUUCCUCGCAAAGCUUGCUCAGACCAGUGACAUCAAUAAAAUGACUCCCAGCAACAUUGCAAUUGUGUUAGGGCCUAACCUGCUAUGGGCCAAAAAUGAAGGAACACUUGCUGAGAUGGCAGCAGCCACGUCUGUCCACGUGGUUGCAGUGAUUGAACCCAUCAUCCAGCAUGCUGACUGGUUCUUCCCUGAAGAGGUGGAAUUUAACGUCUCAGAAGCAUUUGUCCCUCUCACCCCAAAUUCUAAUCACUCAUCCCACACUGGCAACGACUCUGACUCGGGGACCUUGGAGAGGAAGCGGCCCGCCAGCAUGGCAGUGAUGGAAGGGGACUUGGUGAAGAAGGAGAGCUUUGGUGUGAAGCUUAUGGACUUCCAGGCCCACCGGCGGGGUGGCACUCUAAAUAGAAAGCACAUAUCACCCGCUUUCCAGCCGCCACUCCCGCCCACAGAUGGCAGCAGCUUGGCUCCAGCGGGCCCAGAACUCCCUCUCCAGAGCUCUAGGGCUGAAAGCAGCUCAGGGGGUGGGACUGUCCCCUCCUCUGCGGGCAUACUGGAGCAGGGGCCGAGCGCCGGUGACAGCAGUGCUCCAAAACCCAAGGACACUGUAUCUGCAGCAGUACCUGCACCGGGGAGAGCCAGCAGUCAGGUGACCACUGGCCAAAACCAGGCCCAGGCAGCUGCCACCUCUCAUCAGCUCUCUGUUGGCCCUGCUCACAACACCGCUGGCCCCAGUCCACAUACUGUGCGCCGAGCUGUUAAAAAACCUGCUCCAGCUCCCCCGAAACCAGGAAACCCACCUCCUGGCCAUCCUGGGGGCCAGAGUUCUCCAGGAACAUCUCAGCAUCCACCCAGUCUGUCCCCAAAGCCGUCCACCCGAAGUCCUUCUCCUCCCACCCAGCUUGCGGGCCAGGCUCCAGGCCCGUCCUCCACCACCUCCCAGCUCUCUGCACCCCGGAGGUACUCCAGCAGCCUGCCUCCAAUACAAGCUCCCAGUCACCCGCCGCCGCAGCCCCCGACCCAAGCCAUGCCACUGACACACACCAAACCAAGUAGCCAGGGCCCUCCCACCCCUGUGGCGUUGCCCAGUGAGCACGGACUUGAGCAGCCAUCUCACACCCCGCCCCAAACUCCAACGCCCCCCAGUACCCCACCUCUAGGAAAACAGCACCCUGGCCUGCCAGCUUCUCAGACUCUGGCGGCAAGUAACCCUGAGACUGCGCAGCCACAUGCUGGAACCUUACCAAGACCGAGACCAGUCCCAAAGCCGAGGAACCGACCCAGCGUGCCCCCGCCCCCUCAUCCUCCUGGUGCCCACCCAGCCACAGAUGGCAACCUCACCAGCACAGCACCGACAGCCUCCAAAAUAGUAACAGACACCAAUUCCAGGGUUUCAGAACCGCUUCGCAGCAUCUUUCCUGAAAUGCACUCAGACUCGGCAAGCAAAGACCUGGCCAGCCGCAUUCUGCUGGACAUAGACAAUGACACAGAAAGUACCGCCCUGUGAAGAAAGCCAUCUCCCUGCCCUUGACCCCUUCCAAACUCACCUUUGCAGACCAAACAGUGAGCAGCUUUCAGUGGAGGAACAAAGAAAGCCUUGUUCUGCAGGACUCAGCCUUCUGCACAGCCUGAGGAGAACAUGGGGCCAACACUUAAAGCUGAAUGACCUGUGUCUUGAAGAAGUUUGCUUUCUUCACAAGGAAAAGAAAUCAUGCCAAAAAUUCAAAAACAAAGAAAUACCUGGAGUGGAAAGAGCCUUACUGCUGAGCCGUGUGUAGGAAGCUUUUGUCGCUGCUGUUAAUGCCGCCAACACCAACAGCAAUUUGGAAUGGGUGAGAAGCAAAGCGCCAACUAUCUAUUUAAUAAAAUACAUUAAUUAUGUAAGUCACCUGCUUCCUGCUACUUGGACUUUCAUUCUUACAUAUCAGGAGGAGGUUCCUCUCCUUCAGACUUGCUGCAGAGUCAUUUUGUAUGGAAUGUGGUCUGUGUCUCCCCCAGCCCCUCAAAACUGUGUGCAUUGAUGGUGACUGCUGGAUCUGUCACCUCAUCAAACUGGAUGUGACUCGUGCCUUGUCAGAUUGCAGAAUGUAGAAGGAAAUGUACUGUUCUUUUUUUAAAAAAAAAAAAAAAACAAUGUAAUGGCUACUUGAUAAAGAUCAAACAUUAUUCUAGUUUCAUGUUUAAUUUGAAUUAAAUAUAUUCUGUGGUUUAUAUGAAAAGUU